GGUUCUAGCGCCAGCGACGGUGGCGCCCCGACGUGCGCCACGGCCAAGCCAUCGCCACAGACAGGCAAUAUGUUCGCGUGCCCCAUGGCCGAGGAAACCAUCGGAGGUGAUGACGCGUUUGAAUGCAAGCGCUGCGGCUUGCACCUGGCCCCCUGGGAGAAGAACGAAGACGAUAAGACGCAGAAGGAUAUAUGUGACAAGUGCCACUCUAACUACAAGGCGUUAACUCGCCGCUGGAAAAAGCACAAGGCCUUGAAAAAGUGGUUUAGCGACAAGUCGGAAUCCGAGAAGCAAGAGUGGUGCGCCACCCGCAGG